AUGCCGUUUUGGCGGCGGAGUCCAUUGGCUCGUGAGUACGAGGUCACAAAACGACCCAUUUUUUUGCUGGAUGGCUGGAAUAUAGUGCAAGGAACGGAUGCUGCCGCAUAUGUCUCCGGUAGUGUAACAGACGGUGUGAUGUAUGGCACCAACGGAUAUCUGGGUGUUCGGCACCGUAGUGAAUGUGAGACAGUCGGUUUUGAAUCAAAUGUCUUUGUGAAUGGAGUAUACCACAACGUUCCAGUUGAUCGUCAAAUUGAUAGCGAAGCCCUACCUUACGAGAUGCAGAUGGGGGCCACUGUUUGUACCGUCAAUCUUGACUGCCUAAUUGAUGGCGAUUGCGGUACCCUUCGGUCGGUGCCACCCCGACGGCUUGAUUUGCGUAAUGCAACGUAUCACAGUGAAUGCCGUGAUGUAAUGAGUGGGGAUGGUGGAUUAAUGUUUGAUGGAGAUUAUCGUCGUGUCGUUUCCAUGAAAGAACUGGACUUAUGGGGAGCGGAUAUUGUUUACUCCAAUUUUACUUUUGGUUCAUCGCCAUAUGAUCUUUACCUCGGUGAAUCCCCCAAUAUUUUUUACGCAAACAAUAUGAACUCUACGAAUCCGGAUGCAUCUCCCUCAUAUCUUUUGGAGUUUGUUGUGACAAUCACCGUGGAUUUGAGAGAGUGGGCUAUUCUGCGAGGUGACAGUGUAGAUGAUAUUUUGCUGCAGUCCCGCACCUCCGGCGUCGUGGAGAGCAUCGUUACGCAAUCCACCUGUGCUGUGGAUUAUGAAAACAGUUCCGUGAAAAUUACCCCGGAGCACCAGUUACUGUGCGAGACGGGAGACCACGGUUUGAUGGAGCAAAACUUUUCUGCGGCAGCCCUAUCGUGUCCAAGUGACAGCGAGAGUGAUCCCGGGUUUGGUGGUCGCAUUAUUUCUUCCUUUGAGAAUCAAAAAAAGAAAACUUUAUCUUUUAAGAAGCGAUUUAUUCUUUCCAUUACUCCGGACACACUGCCAACGAGGGUGACGGUGACAUAUUUGGCCCGGCACCACAGCGGCGGUAUCCCCUCCGCGCGUUUAUUUCCCACCAUUUCAGAAAUAAUGGAAGAUCAACGUUUGAUCUUGAAUGAAUUCUGGGAUCAUUUUUUUAUUGACUUGCAGCAACAAGAAGAAUUAACACCGGAUCGGCUACGUCUCUCCCUAUUGUUCAAUGCAUUUCGACUGUUUUGUGUUUCCCAUAACUUACAUAACGGGCUACCACGUGGCGGUUGCUCGGCUACAAAAACGAGCCUUUUAUAUGAUCUUCAUCAGUACUUGUAUCAUGGUAUAUUUUACACAUUGACUUCACCACCCCGCGCCCUGGCAUUACUUCGGGGCUUGUAUUCGCUUCUUCCCCAGGCAAGAGUCAACGCUCAUCUUAUUUCUCUCAAACAUGGCGCUAUUUUUCCGCGUAGUACAAUUAAAGGAACGGAAUGUGAGCAACACAAUACCGUAAGCCAAGCACGAUUACAUGUGAAUGCUGAGAUUGGGUACAUCAUCAACUUUUUCUUUGCUGCUGUAGAGACUAUCGACCAAAAAGACCGUCUAUGGCUUUUAGAACUUAUGUUAGAAACGGCACGUGUGUGGCCUCAGUUAGGUGAAUGGGUAGAAAGUGAGGGUGUGUUUCGUCUGGACAAUAUUGCGGGACCGGAUGAAUAUAACAGCACGGCUUCUGGAAAUUUUUAUAUUCAUUUGUCCGCCAAAAUGCAUAUGCGAUAUGUUCUUGAUCUCUAUGAACAACAACUGGCAUUGCUUGGAGAAGAAGCUAUGACAAAUCUGCUAAAACAAAUUGACAUGGACAAAUCUGAGCUUGAAAAUUUUCGAGCCACAUCUGAUGGUAUUGUUAUACGUCGUAAUGAUCAUUUAGGAGUCUACUUGGUACAUGAUUACUUCCAUACACUUAAGGAGUGGAAGGGUGAGCGUCCUAAACACCCAUUGUCAAUGAAUUAUCAUCCUCUUGCAAUAUUUUCUCACAUGCUUGUUGAUAUUCCCGAAGUAUUGCUGGGGAUGCUUCUGUAUCAAGAAGAAUUUGAAAAAAAGGACUUGGUACGAAAUCUGGCCCAUUACGAGGCGCUUUGCACAUAUGAUUCACCCGAGUCUCUUGCUAUUGUGGCGGCUGUGGAUUUUCAAUCCAAUGGAUCAUUUGCUCAUGGUCUGCCGUUAUUACGCUCAUUGAUGAGUCUGGAUGUGGAUAAUGUCAUUUACACCGCCGAUGAAGGACUCCAUUUUGGCGUCAUGUCUUCUUCUUGGAUUGCCAUUGUCAGUGGCAUCGGUAGACUCAAAUUGGGUAAACGGACUCUUUAUUUAGAUCCAUGCUUUCCUGCAGGAUUAUCGAUUGUCAAGUUUACAAUUUGUUGGCGUGGGUCAACAUUAAGUACCACGGUAGACAAGGAUUACGUUACAUAUGAACUUAUUGCAGGGGAUAGUAUUCGUUUUGUGCAUGGCGAUGGCCAUCGUAUUCAUCUUCACACGGGAUUUCACCGAUAUACCGCCAAGAGGCAAGUGUCUGUGCCACGGUUGAUAAGAAGUGGCGAGGGGGAAUUUGACGGUGCCGUUUUUCUUUGCGAGACGUUAUUUGAUGAAAUUACAGAUAUACACUACAUGGCUUGGUAUAAAACGCUUGAAUCCCUCUUUGAGAAUUACCGAGCGCUGCAUCUUCGUGAAAUUCAGCCCUUAACCACAGAAGAAUUCUUUGAAAAAGUUAUUUACCAAGCAGAAGAACGUGAAAUUGCAUUCAGUGGCAUACACAACGUCUUAUUGGACCGUGGGAUUGAUCUCGAGCUCGGUACCCCGGACGACGCCGAGAUCGUCGAGACACGAUAUGGCCUGGCGAACGCCAAAGUGGCAGAAAUGGCGGAAAUACUCUCUCGCAUGACCCCUCGAGUGAACGCUGGCAUGCACGCAUUGUUGAAGGAUCUCUCCAAUAGCGGUAUUGCGCUUGCGGUCGUGACAUACUCACGUAGUCUCAAGACGCUGAUGCACUACAAUCCUGAGGUUAUGCCACUGUUUCUCGCUCACAUUGACGGUGAGGAGGCAUACGAUCGGCACAUCAAAAGCCGUCCUCAUGUUGAUAUUUUCCUUCGCGCCGCAGAGAAAAUUCAUGUGAAUCCGGCGCGCUGCGUUGUUUUCUCCAUGUAUCUUGAUCGCGGCUUUAAGGCCUCCAGCCUUGCAAACUUUCGCAUGUUUUUUGAUGUGGAGGGGAUAUUUGCGACAAAACGGAUGUCGCAGCAGACGCAGCCGUAUCCCACGCUCUCCAACGAUGCAGCUGCCGCAGUGGGGCGCGAUGGUGUGCCCCUUAUUUUGCGUCUCUCGCGGGAAAACCUGCCAACGACAAUUGACGCCCUGGAGGACAUGUUGUACGGACGCUGCAACGCGGUAGACGAACAGCAUGUUGCUUCUUACACGAAAUGA